GCAACACCCUCCUGCUCUUUCACUCCUCCUCCAUCACUUCAUCCAUCUUUUUCUUCCCCAUCUUUGCUAGACUUCCAUCUCCUCACUACAGCUUCCUCACCGCGCUGCAUUUGCUGCCCCCUUGUUUCUUUGUCCGCAGCCCUCCCCAGCGUGGAUAGCCGCCACGAUGAGGUCCUUCGCCCUCUCGCUGCUCCCGCUGCUUGCCUCUGCCUCACCGCUGAGCAUCGGCACCAUCCACAAGGAUGCCGCCCCUAUCCUCUCGUCCGUCAACGCGAAGGAGGUGCCCAACUCGUACAUGGUCGUGCUGAAGAAGCACGCCGUCGCCGCCGAGCACCAUGACUGGGUGCAAGGCAUCCAUCUGGCCAGCCAGAAGGAGCGUAGCGAGCUGCGGAAGCGCUCGCAGUUCCCCAUCACCAGCGAGAUCUUCGAGGGCCUGAAGCACACCUACGACAUCGCUGGCUCGUUGCUGGGUUACUCUGGCCACUUCGACGAUGAGACCAUCGAGCAGAUCCGGAGGCAUCCUGACGUUGAGUACAUUGAACGGGACUCCGAGGUCCACACCAUGAAAGACGAUGACUACGAAAUCGAGAAGAACGCUCCCUGGGGCCUUGCGCGUAUCUCGCACCGCAACAGCCUGAGCUUCGGCACAUGGAACAAGUACCUGUACUCCGGUGAUGGCGGAGAGGGCGUCGAUGUCUACGUGAUUGACACCGGAACCAACGUCAAGCACGUUGACUUCGAGGGUCGUGCCACCUGGGGCAAGACCAUUCCCUCCGGUGACGCUGAUGAAGAUGGCAAUGGCCACGGCACUCACUGCUCCGGCACUGUCGCUGGUAAGAAGUACGGUGUCGCCAAGAAGGCCAACGUCUACGCCGUCAAGGUCCUCCGCUCAAACGGCUCCGGCACCAUGUCCGAUGUUGUCAAGGGUGUCGAAUACGCCGCUGAGGCUCACUCCAAGAAGGUUGACGCUGCCAAGAGCGGCAAGGGCAAGAAGGGCUUCAAGGGUAGCGCCGCCAACAUGAGCUUGGGCGGAGGCAAGUCCACUGUUCUCGACCUGGCUGUCAAUGCUGCUGUUGAUGCUGGCAUCCACUUUGCCGUCGCCGCUGGUAACGACAACGCCGACUCCUGCAACUACUCCCCGGCCGCCGCCGCUAACGCUGUCACUGUUGGUGCUUCAACUCUCCUCGACGAGCGUGCGUACUUCUCCAACUUCGGAAAGUGCAAUGAUAUCUUCGCCCCCGGUCUUAACAUUCUCUCUACCUGGAUCGGUAGCGAUCAUGCCACCAACACCAUCUCUGGCACUUCCAUGGCCUCGCCCCACGUUGCGGGCCUUCUCGCUUACCUCCUUUCUCUCCAGCCAGCCAAGGACUCUGCUUAUGCAGUUGCCGACGUCACUCCUAAGAAGCUGAAGGCGAACUUGAUCUCCAUUGCCACCGAGGGAGCGCUCUCCGAUGUUCCCAGCAACACCAAGAAUAUUCUUGCAUGGAACGGUGGAGGAUCCUCCAACUACACCGAAAUUGUUGGUAAGGGUGGUUAUGUCGUUAGCAAGAGCGAAGACAAGCCCAGCAUGACCCUUGCUGAGGCUGAGCACGAGUUUAAGAAGACGAUCAAAGAGGGUGGCUACAAAAUCAAGGAGGAAUCCGCCAGCCUCCAGGAGAAGAUUGAAAAGAUCUCCGCUGAGCUUGAGGACUUUGUCGCUGAAGAGAUGGAGGAGCUCCUUCACGAGUUCCGCUCCCGCAUGAAGGCUGCCAAGCCCGAGUAAGAUGUUCCGGUUUAAGAAAACAGUACUUGACGUUCUGUCCGGGAAUUUCAUGUGCAUUUGAUCCCAGAGUUUGGAUGACACUGCGUAGCUCAUGGUGUUGCUCCCUAUACUCGUGGUGGGUCCGAUCGGCUCUCAUUUGGCGUGGAUAUUGCUGGGAAAGUGCAUUCAUUGUUCGCACUUGGGUUUGCAUAGCUGAAUGGCAAGCUGCACUAGCGAGCGGGUGGCCAUAUGGUGCGCUUUCCUUGGUUGCUAUUUAGUUGUGUAUUUAUCUCGUCGCUAGGAUCACAUGGGUUACAGAAUAUCAGUC